AUGUCAAUCACAAAAACCAUCGCCAGCACCAAGCAGUUCGAAUUGUCCCUCACCCUCGACCGCAGUGCCAGAGAUUCCUUCACCUUCACCAACUUUGAUAAACUCAAGGGUAAACUCCACUUGAUCCCUAAAAAAACCAUCACCAACAUCAACUCAAUCGAUAUCGCUUUUGAAGGGUACACCAAAACCGCGUUGCCUGGAUCGUUCAAAACCCCCGAUUUCUCAUCACAAUUGUACGGCGGCCCAUCGGUCGAUAAGCAGAACCUCAUCACCAACCCUUUUUUGCAAUCCAACUUCAGUUUCUUGGAAAACAACUUGACCGUCGAAUGCCAUAACUUGGUUCACCAAAAGAAAUCCCUCUAUCAUUAUCAUCAUCAUCAUCACCAACAAGAUGGGUUCUUCUUGCCUGGGACCAGCUAUUCGUACGAUUUUGAAAUCAUCAUCCCUUCCGAAGCAAGAUGCUGUCUCCUGGACCAGUGUGAUAACCACAAUAAUACAGUGUUCCACAUUGACCCCUUAACAAAUUGCAAGAUUAAAGUGCCACAGCAUAAAAGAAACCUUUAUUUGGGUAAACGCAAAGUCCUUAACCAUCAUCUUCCUCCAAGCAUCGGUGUGUCACUGACACAGAAAAAAACCAGCGAUCUUUUCAACGUUUUUUAUUAUUUGAAAGUAUCGGUAGUACAAGAUACCAAAAAGCAAAAAGAUUCCAUUACCGAGGGUUAUUACGAAAUCAACUUCUUACCAAGAGAAUUCUCCGUCGACGUGUGGGCCAGAGACCGCCGAUCCAUGAAAAUCGUCAACAACAAAUCGGGAAGACUCUUCAAACUUGAAUCGGAUUCCAUGAAGCAAACCUUACUUGAUUACAAGAAAUCGUUGGUGGAUCCCACUCUGUCAUCACCAUCAUCGAAAUACAAUAAUAAGUUCAAAUCGAAAAGUUAUAAAUCGAUGGUCGAAAAUUUGAAGAAAUUCCCCAGUUUCGACGAUAGUUUGUAUUUGGAAAUGAGAUUAUACGAAUCAGAGUAUUUCACUCCGUCAUCGACGCCGAAAAUGAAACUCUUCUUGGUCUCCCUUAAAAACCCUAAUGAUGCUAAAUCGCUUAUCUCCGGGAAGAAAAUCUCCGGGAUCCAAAUCCGUAAUUUGAUCAUCGAUUUGACUGAGAAUUACGAAAUCAAAAAUCAAUCGAUAAACGGAUCAAAGAAGGAGAACUAUCGGACGGCAUUCCAUGGCCAAGACCAGGAAUUCAUCACCGAUCAAUUACAUCAAAGAAUCAAUCUUUUUAAGACUCCUGAAGAUUUCUCCCAUGAUAUAUCUUUGGAAUUCGAUGGACAAACCAAUAAUGUCGAUGUCAAGUAUUCGGCUGCCAACCCUUGUCUUUGUUCUUCUUCUCCUCCUCCUCCUCCUCCUCCUCCUCCUCCUCCUCCUCCUCCUCCUCCUCCACCACCUUCGAGCACCACCCUUAAGUUUAUCAAAAAUGUUCACAGAUUGUCAUCGCUUACUAAUGAACCAAUCUACGAAUGUGAGAUCCCGUUCAAUGAUUUUGUUAACGUCUCGUCCAACUCCCCAAAACCUAAUUCUCCAGGGAUGGUGAUCCCCGCUGAUGUGAUCCCAAGUUUUAGAAGUUGUAACAUCAAGAAAAGUUACGGGAUUUCCGUGAAAUGCGACUACAUUGGGAUCUUACCGGAUUCCGUUGCCAUUUCACCACAACAGUCUUUAUUAACCGGGUCUCAAAAAGAUCGAUCAGGAUUUUCAUUCAAGAAAAUCACUAGAAGAGACUCCCCUACCAUUGACGAAACCGCGCGUACUGCGUUUGAUUUCAAAAUCAAGAUCCUCAGUGGGAUUUCCAACAUCAUUGAGCCAGUCCAAGUAUGCGAUGAUCUAAACUAUACCGAGCAAGAUGUCAUGGAUCUUUCGACAAAACUCGAGACUUUGCCAUUGUACGAUGAUCUUUUCAAUAACGUUGAUCAUUCUUCGACUUUGACUAGCGUGAGCAGUCUGAGUAGUAGUGGUACCCGAAGUAUCAAUGAUGAUUUUCUGGUCGAUUUCAUCCCAAGGAUUGUCAAUAUUGACAUUGCAAACAAUAAUGAAGGGUUUGGGCUAGUUGAAGUGAUUUAA